UUUAAUGAUGGACGAAACAAGUGAAGAAGGUCAAAGAUAUGUUGCCGAAUUAAUUGAGCGUCAAAAUAUUGAUUUUAUGCACAAUUUUGCUAUGGAACAUAUGCCGGAGGCUUUCAUUCCUGUUCAUAUGCUUUUUAUUCGGAUGAAGAUAAAUAAUUGUCCGGUCAUUGCUUUCAUUGAUUCUGGUGCACAAACUUCAAUUUUAUCUGAAUCCUGUGCUAAAAGAUGCAAUGUCCUUCGAAUGGUAGACAAACGAAUUCGAGUUCAGGCGGUGGGUAUUGGUGGAAAUCAGAAAAUGUUAGGAAGAAUUCAUUCCUGCCAAGUACAAGUAAAUGAACACUUCUUUUCCUGUCCAUUUGAAGUUAUGGCUGAUCGGGAUAUUGAUAUUUUAUUUGGACUAAAUACUUUACUGAGACACAAAUGCAGCAUUGAUUUAAUUAAAAUGGUUUUGAGGUUUGGUGAUGGUACUGAAGCACCUUUUCUUUCUGAAGCAGAAUUUCAACGAGAAAAGGAAGCUGUUAUUUUGAAUGUCUUUGGAUUUAUACGCCAUUCGCUUUGUCUCGGUGGCGAACCCGAAAGAUGCCACUUCAAUAUCGAAAACGCCUGCGGGCUGAGAUAUAUGUCCCUGAAAUCGAACCCCAUAUUGGGAAGUGGCCAGCUUAUUUUUUGGAUCAAAAACUCAAUUAGACAGAUAUCAGCUAAUUUUGGUGUCAUUCGACUAAGCUUACCUUGA